AUAACUUUCAAAAUGGCGGAUAGCUGAGCAAUCUUGUCCAAAUUCCCCCAAUGUUUCUCUUCUCUAUUUCCUUUUUUCAAAGAAAGGCACCGUCAGUCUCUUUCUUACGCUGUGUAAGGUGCUUAAAGUAUCUUCAGAACCUAAGGAAAGCGAGGUUCUCAUCCUUUGCCAAGAAGAAAGAAACAGACGUAAAAGAUGUGACCCUCUAUUACUACAAUCGUCAGAAGUUCUUCCGUCUGGUUGGCCUUGCUUGUGCUAGCCAGUUCAUAUUUUGGUCAUGGAUGGCUUAUUUCAACAUAAGUCAAGUAAAAUUGGUUGACCUUGUAAAUCUUGAAAGGAACAGAAACCAAGAUGAGUUUCUUGAUGUCGCAACAAGGGCGGGAGGGUCAUGGAAAAUCGUCAGAUUUAUGCAGGAUAAUCCAGCACUACUGGCUGGUAUUGCUGUGGUUAUGGGACUGUUUUUCACCACAUCAGGGUUUCUUUAUAGUUUCAGGAGUGUAAACCGGCUAGUCCUUCAAGGAAACAAUUUAAGGGUGGUAACACACACACCUUUGGGAGGAACACGGUCAUUUAGGGUGCCAAUUUCUGACGUGUCCUGUUCAGGUUCCAGAACAGAUUUAUAUAGCGCUAUUUCUAUCACUAUCCAAUAGCGCUGUACAGUAAUUUUAUAAAUCGGACCGAUAAGAUUAUAAAACCAUAAAAAUCUCUAAAACAUGAGUAGAAGAAACUAGCUAAUAAGGUAGUCUAUAAUAGUGAGAGUAAAAACUUUAAAACUUAUGAUGAAAUUAACUAAUUUCCUAGCCAAUUAACUAGCUCACCAACUAAUCAACUAAUUGACUAACCAACUAUCUAGCGGUAAUAGUCUAAUUAUAAAAUUUGUUAAAAAGGUAUGUCUUUAUACAGGUCUUAAAAUGUGAUAGCGAGCCGCUCACUCUUCUGUUGCUUGGAAGAGAGUUCUAUAGAGUCGGUGCUACAAAAGAGAAACACCUAUGACCAUAACUUGCUACCUUAUAGAUGGUACUUUAAGUAAGUUUUUAGAGGAGGACGUCAGAUUUCUGGUUGCUACAUAAGGCUUCAACAGUUCAGUGAUAUAACUAGGGGCCUGGCCGUUGAGCGCUUUGUAGGUCAGACGUAGUAUCUUGUAAUCUAUGCGCUGGCUAACUGGGAGCCAGUGCAGCUACUUUAAGACAGGUUUGAUGUGGUCGUACGUUCUUGUACGAGUGACGACACGAGCUGCGGCAUUCUGGAAAUUUUGUAAGCGAUCUAUCAGAAAUUUGGGCAGUCCGUAUAGUAGCGAGUUGGUGUUAUCUAGCUUAGAUGUAAUGAAUGCAUGAAUUAACUUUUCAGUAUCUGCUAGAGAUAGGCAGUCUCUUAUCUUGCUAAUGUUUCUAAGGUGGAAGAAACAGGCUUUGUAGGUACUGGUAACAUGCUUAUCUAAUGACAUGUCCUCAUCAAACAUAA